CGGGAGGAAGAUGGCGGCAGCAACAACAACAGCAGCGGCGCCGACGCCGGAGGAAGGGGAGGUGGUGGGGGAGGCUGCGGCCGGGGACCCCCCGGGACCCCCUGAGCAGGGCGCCGGGGACUCCGAGACCGGGGGGGACACCAACCUGGUCGAUGUCACCGCUGGCUUGGAGACCGAGUCCUCUAAUGGGAAGGAUCCCCUAGAAGGUGCUGGGGACAGUUCUGAAGUCUUGGACGCUCAAACGGGUUCAGUGGAUGAAGAGAAUGGGCGACAGCUUGGAGAGAUAGAGCUGCAGUGCGGGAUUUGUACAAAGUGGUUCACAGCGGACACCUUUGGCAUUGAUACUACAUCAUGUCUGCCUUUCAUGACCAACUACAGUUUCCAUUGCAAUGUCUGUCAUCACAGCGGGAACACAUACUUUCUAAGAAAACAAGCAAAUCUGAAGGAAAUGUGCCUUAGUGCUCUGGCCAACUUGACGUGGCAGUCAAGGACACAAGAUGAGCACCCAAAAACUAUGUUCUCAAAAGACAAGGAUAUUAUACCAUUUAUUGACAAGUACUGGGAGUGUAUGACAACUAGACAGAGACCUGGAAAAAUGACUUGGCCAAAUAACAUUGUAAAAACAAUGUGUAAAGAAAGGGAUGUGUUCUUGGUGAAAGAGCAUCCAGACCCAGGUAGUAAAGAUCCAGAGGACGAUUAUCCAAAGUUUGGGCUACUAGAUCAGGACCUUGCUAAUAUUGGUCCAGCAUACGAUAACCAGAAGCAGAGCAGUGCUGUAUCUACUAGUGGAAGCUUAAAUGGGGGCAUUCCAGCAGGAGGUAGUGGGAAAGGAAGAGGAGCAAAACGCAAACAGCAAGAUGGAGGGACCACAGGAACAGCCAAGAAAACCAGAAGUGACCCUUUGUUUUCUGCUCAGCGCCUGCCACCUCAUGGUUACCCUCUGGAGCACCCUUUUAAUAAAGAUGGAUAUCGUUACAUUCUGGCUGAGCCUGACCCCCAUGCGCCUGACCCAGAGAAACUGGAGCUAGACUGUUGGGCAGGAAAACCUAUUCCUGGAGAUCUCUACAGAGCAUGCCUAUAUGAACGAGUCCUCCUAGCAUUGCAUGACCGAGCACCUCAGCUAAAGAUCUCUGAUGACAGACUGACCGUUAUCGGAGAGAAAGGAUACUCCAUGGUACGAGCCUCGCAUGGGGUGCGGAAGGGAGACUGGUACUUUGAGAUAUCUGUGGAUGAGAUGCCUCCAGACACAGCUGCCAGACUUGGCUGGUCGCAGCCACUAGGGAACCUGCAGGCUCCCCUAGGCUAUGACAAGUUCAGUUACUCCUGGCGCAGCAAGAAAGGAACAAAGUUUCAUCAGUCCAUAGGCAAACACUAUUCAGCUGGCUAUGGGCAAGGAGAUGUACUGGGUUUUUAUAUCAGUCUUCCUGAAGAUACAGAGACAGCAAAGUCAUUGCCUGAUACCUAUAAAGAUAAGGCUUUGAUCAAGUUCAAAAGUUACUUGUAUUUUGAAGAGAAGGAUUUUGUGGAUAAAGCAGAGAAGAGCCUAAAGCAAACUCCUGGAAGCCAAAUAAUCUUCUAUAAAAAUGGUGUCAGCCAAGGAGUUGCCUUUAAAGAGAUUUUUGAAGGCGUUUAUUUCCCUGCCAUUUCUUUGUAUAAGGGCUGCACGGUUUCAGUAAACUUUGGACCGUACUUCAAAUACCCUCCAAGAGACAUCACUUACCGCCCCAUGAGCGACAUGGGCUGGGGUGCUGUUGUAGAGCACACAUUGGCAGAUGUCUUGUAUCAUGUGGAGACAGAAGUUGAUGGAAGACGAAGCCCACCGUGGGAGCCCUAGAGGAGAUGCUGUAUAUACGGAUAUCUUAAACACUGGACAAACAUGGUUUAUUUCUAGAGAAUUGCAACAUCAGUUUCUGAACCAUCACUACUUUGUAAAGAAUAAACCACGCUCAGCUGCUA